UAUUUUUGAUAUUGUCGAGUGAAUUAAUGAAUUACAUGUUUGGUUUGUUGUACAUUACUAGAUAUGGAAGAGCAGCCAUCUGCUUGCACACAGAGAUGUGGCAGGGACAGAGGAAAGAAUCCAAAAGGGCCCAUGACUCGUUUGAACAAGGCAACAUUACUGAAGAAAUCUGUCUAUGAGAUUGGAAAUGGAUGGCCCCCGAGGUCGCCCGCGGCGGCCCCCACGGCGCCGUCGUGGACUGGUGGGCCCUGGGCGUGUUCCUCUACGAGCUCCUCCACGGGCGCACGCUGUUCGCCGGCGCCGACAACGGUCCACGCUCCGCCAAGGACCCGGCCCGGCGCCUCGGGUCCCGUCGCGGCGCCGCCGACGUGAAGGCGCACCCCUUCUUCCGGGGCCUCAACUUCGUGCUCCUCCGGUCCUCCCGCCCGCCCUUCGUCCCCGGCGCAUCGCCGUUGCACCGGUCGCAGUCCUGCCACGCCGCGCCGGUCACCGCGACGCCCAAGACAAAGAAGCCGCCGGCACCGGCACCGGACCCCCGGUUCGACCUCUCCUGA